CCACAACGCUCCGUACGCGACUGACGAUCGUUAAAAAACAAAAAACACGCAUCGAUCGAUUAAAAAAUUCGAACUUCGAAAAUUUAAUUUGAAAACAAAAACGAAUAAAUUUGAAAUUAAUUUGAAAUUCUUUUACGCGAUUACUGCAAUGACGAGUAGCUAGUACAAAAUAAAAGUUACUUAAAUAUUUUUUAAAAUAGAAAUAGAUUGGUAUUGAGACAUUUAAUGUGAAGUUUUGUUAAGUGAAAGUGUUUUCUAGAUCUAAGAGUGAAAGGUAGAAGUUAGACAAUCAAUGCGCGCUAUGUCUGGACCACAAUGCCUCCGGUGAGCACCGUGAAAUGGACCAAUCACAGAGAAAAUAGACUGAAAACAAACUGCAACCGAGUUCUGAGAAAUCGACAAUACUUAACAUCAAGCCUGUUCGAAGGGGUUAGAGACAAAAACAAACAAAGACAUGCAUCUAGAAGAUACAUGAAGGAGAAAAGGCAAAGUGCUAAAGAGAAAGAGCAAAGUGUAUAUAACUGCACUUUGUUAUGUAAGAAACAAAGUGGUGAUAUAUUACGUGAUGAAAGAUGUAAAGUACAAAGUAUAAAGGAAGAAAAAUGGGAAAGUGUUGAUGUAAAGUGUAAAAAUCAGUUCCGAAGAGAUGAGAAAAGUGAGAGAAGGAGCUGGAAGCAGAGUAAAAGAUGGAGAUUGAACGGCGUUUUGAUUCCUUUGAUGAUUUUGAAUGUUACUGGACAAGUCAAUGGUGCUGUUGAAGAUAUCACAAGCCGUAUGAUAGCUUCUCUCCUCGGUUACCCGACAUCUUGCAACUACGGCCCUGACGUGCAGCCUUGCAUGCUGUCCAUCAGCUGCUGGCUGCGGGGAGGCACAAGGCUAAGAGGGUGUGGGGGAGGUUGGCUGUUUUCUUGUUGCGGCAGUGAAGAUGCUUUGAGGAACGAUGUUUUUGAGAACAGCAUACCAUCGUCAGAGUGGAAGUACAAAGUGGUACCACCGAAGCUGCGGCAGGUGCCUCAGCGUAGUGUGGUGCCAACCAAUGUGUUUCGCAGACGAGUUGACGACGAUUUUACCCAGGGUCGAGUGCUGAAUUCGGCAGACUACUUCGCAUUGCCUAAAGAGGUGAAUUCUAAUCACUGA